GCCUCAUUAAGCUGAUAAUUUAGGCGGAUUCGGCCAGACGGAGAGCGAGGGGCAUGGAAGUUUUCUAAGGCCGUGGCCGUCUCGGCUCAAUUCCGGCCUCCACUCCAACACCUGCGGAAACUUUUGGGUCGGCGUCGGGUGAUCUAAGCUCCGCGGAAUGCCCCUUCAUUGGUCGAACAAUCGUCCUGGCCCCGACAAGCUCAAGGAGAAGUCUCGGUUUACGUAGCAACGAUCCGGCACGGAAACUAACAGAAGAGCGUGGCAUGAUCAGCGUUUCUGUUAUUUGAAGCUCGGGAUUUCUCAUCAACUCGUCAGGAAAAGAAGCACAUUGAUAUCAAGAUCUUCCUUCAGGAGAAUCUAUGUGAUUAUACACUAAGCGAGCAUUACACUCUACGUACCUUAUCUACUACUGUAAUCAACAGCAAGCAAACCAAAACACCUUCAAAAUGGCCUUAUUCACCCUCCCCAAUGAAUACGGUUAUGUCCUCCUGGCGGCCUCGUCGACAUUUUUCGUAAACACAUUCCACGGCAUCUUGACCUCCAGCAGACGCAGAACCGCGAACAUCAAGUACCCCACUACCUAUGCGAGCGCCGAGCAAGCUGAGAAGGACCCCAAGGCGUAUGCCUUCAACUGCGCCCAGCGUGCCCACGCAAACUUCACAGAGAACCUCACUCCGUUCCUCGGCGCCCUGCUUAUCUCGGGCCUGAAGUACCCCGUCUACGCGGCGGGCCUGGGUGCCGUCUGGUCCGUCAGCAGAGUCUUCUUUGCGCUAGGCUAUGUGAGAGCAGGCCCUCAGGGCCGGACGACCGGUGGCUACCCUGCUUCGAUCAGCGACCUCAUUCUCAAGUUGAUGGCUGCAUAUACUAGCCUGAGCUUUGCGCUGGGUUGGUGAAAGGGAACGGAGAGGCACGAGACUGGACAGGGGGUCUGGAUGGGGGCAGUGAUAGCAUUGGUUUCUCUCUCAAAAUCAGUGAGAUUGUAGGAUAGGAAGAAGGACAAUGAAUGUUCAAGGCACGUGUGAGUUCGAUGUUAUCAUCAACCUCAUGGCUUUACAAGAGCCACAUGCCGAGUCGUCCUCUGUCUAAGGUGAAUUUGGUCACAUGUGGCACGCGUAAGACCACGUAGUGUACGUGAAGCAUCCUUCAUCAAGAGCUGCCACGUUUCUACGUCACUGUACUUCAAGGACUAGCUAGCUGCGAGGCGAAGAGAAUUGAUCCUUGGCGCUGGAAGCCUCUGAAUCAUGAAC